GCACUCAGGUGUGAACGAGACAACACUAAUGUGAGAAACAAAAAUGUGCGUUACUUGUUAAUUGUGUUUUCGUGUAUUGAAUAAUUCUUGGUCCAAUUGUGUUUGUAUCAAGAAAACAAAAAACAAAACAAAACAAAAAAUGAAUAAUAAUUCGAGAGAAAUGACUACUUCCGAAUUGCAGAACUUGACUUGGGGUAAAAGGCAUCAAGUGCGAUCAAGAUUGUUGGAUGCUCAACUUUGGUCUGAGUUCUUAGCCAUUAACAAUGAAAUGAUUGUCACAAAAACAGGAAGGAGAAUGUUUCCAGUUAUUAAAACGCAAGUUACUGGGUUGUGUCCAGGAGAUAUGUACACUGUAUUUUUGGAGUUUGUGCAAGUGGUUGGACAACGAUGGAAGUACAUUAACAGCGAGUGGUCGCCGACCACUACGUCGGAUCCGGCUACAAAAAAUCCAUUUUAUAAACACCCGGAGUCACCAAAUUUUGGCAAACAUUGGAUGGAUCAACCGAUUUCAUUUGCUAAAAUUAAACUUACCAAUAGGCCGGAUAACCCAGGACAGACUCACUUAAAUUCAUUGCAUCAAUAUGAGACCAAACUUCAUAUAGUCAAAGUUGGAGAUCCGGAUGAUGUACAAAUUUUUGCAAUGCCUCAGACCAGGUUUAUGGCAGUCACAGCAUAUCAAAACGAAGAGGUGACCAAACUUAAAAUCAAAUAUAAUCCAUUUGCAAAGGCGUUUAAAGACACUAAAAUAAAAGCUGAGGAAAAGGAUAGACGAGAACACCAAGAUGUUUAUCAGCCUGCCCUUGGAUACGAAAAUAGCUUGAAUUUUUCUCACCACGAGAAUUAUAAUACAACAACAUCCGACGAUUGGUUAUCUCAAUAUGGAAGCCAAAGAGAACCAAUAAGUCGAUGUCAAUGUACAGCUUGUUAUUUUGUUAAACCACAAGUCAAUCAUAAAAAGUGUGUCCCUAUUUACAGCUCUGGCCAAGACGAUCAACACACCGGGUAUCAGCCAGCAUCUUACAAUUGGACACAAUUAGGAGGUUAACGUAAAACAAUAUAUUAUCAUUUAUGAAUUUUCACAGCCUGAUAUGUUGACUAUUUUGGUUUGAUUAUUAUUUGAUUUGGGUUGUAUUUUGUACAAAUUAUAUUAUUAUUCAUUGUUGUAGACUGUAGUUGGUGUAUAUGUAUGUAUAUUUAUAAUACAUACCUAAUAUAAGAUUUGAGGUAAGUACUCAAUACUCGUCUAGGUACUCAUGUGUUUUUCAAUUACUAAUUUUAAAUUUUGAUUGAUAUUUUAUCCGAAUGUGCAUUAAUAAAAUCAAUUUUUGUUUUAAAAAAAUUAAAUUACUAAUAGACAUAUUUUCCUUCUAAC